AUGAUCGCAAUUGGAAUGGAGGGCUCGGCCAAUAAAUUGGGCAUCGGCAUUAUGCUGCAUCCCAAGGAUGGCAGCCCGCCACAGGUCCUGGCCAAUAUCCGACACACCUAUGUAUCCCCACCAGGCGAGGGUUUUUUGCCCAAGGAUACAGCGCGUCACCACCGAGCCUGGGUAGUGAAGCUAGUCAAGCAGGCGCUGAAGGAGGCGCAAGUCUCUGUCGACGAGGUGGACUGCAUCUGCUUCACCCAGGGUCCUGGCAUGGGUGCCCCACUACAGAGCGUGGUGGUCGCCGCGCGAAUGCUGAGCUUGCUUUGGGGCAAGGAGUUAGUGGGUGUGAAUCACUGUGUUGGACACAUUGAAAUGGGCCGUCUCAUCACUGGCGCAACAAAUCCAGUCGUCCUUUAUGUUUCCGGCGGUAAUACACAAGUCAUCGCAUACAGUUCACAACGAUACCGCAUCUUUGGAGAAACCCUCGAUAUGGCAGUGGGAAACUGCCUGGACCGAUUCGCGCGUACUCUGCAUAUCUCCAACGACCCAGCGCCAGGAUAUAACAUUGAACAGCUUGCCAAGCAAGGAAAGCAGCUCGUUGACCUACCAUAUGUUGUGAAAGGCAUGGAUUGCUCGUUCUCGGGCAUUCUUGCUGCCAUUGAUGGCCUCGCGAAGCAGUGGGGACUAGGCGGAGAAGCGAAAGCGAAGGAAGAUGAGGAAAAGUCUAGUGAGACAGCCGCUGCGAACGAAUCCUUGGAAGCCCAGCCCACUCGUGCGGACUUGUGCUUCUCAUUGCAAGAGACUGUGUUCUCAAUGCUCGUUGAAAUCACGGAGCGCGCAAUGGCGCACGUUGGGUCCAAACAGGUUCUUAUCGUGGGUGGUGUUGGCUCCAAUGAGCGGCUGCAGGAGAUGAUGGGAAUCAUGGCAAGAGAUCGCGGCGGUAGUGUAUAUGCUACCGAUGAGCGAUUCUGCAUCGAUAAUGGUAUUAUGAUUGCGCAAGCUGGUAUGCUGGCUUACGGGACGGGCUUCAGGACUCCUCUGAGCGAGAGUACUUGCACUCAACGUUUCCGCACAGAUGAAGUGUUCGUCAAGUGGCGAGAUUGA